AUGGAUUACGCCAAAGUCGUGAAGAGGGCGAUGAUCGAAGGAGAGAUGUUCGGGCCUGCAACGAGAAUAUGCGACGAGACGACGGAAAAGCGCAAGCGAUCAAAGGAGCUCUCACCAUACAGCACUAUGUCCCAACCACCGCCGCCCACGCACCUACCCAAAACAUUCAGGAGGACCGUGGCUAUCGAUGGGGCGCGAGGACAGGUCAAUUCUCGCAGCUCCGAGACCGAGACAGAACUUACCCACAAGCCAUACUACCAGCAGCGGAUCAAUCGUUUCGUUCAAACCGCACAGCAUCCUUCCAAAUCCCGACCGUCCACACUCAGCGGAGCUCAUUGCGAAGGGAUUCUGAGUAGCAAAGGUGUCGCAGGCGUCCUUCGAGCAGUAACACCAUCUGGUCGACGAGUUUUCCAGCAGUUGGAUGGGAAGUUCAAUCCACUAAUCAGCAACCCGAACCAUGGCACUGCACCCAUCAUGCGCGAUCCAGACUUCAGAGAGAUGAUUGAGACGGCCAGGCGGACCAGACAAGAGUUUGGAGACUUUCCCGGCCGGAUAAAGCAGCAAGAUGCGGUGCAGAACGCCAAGCUUCCCAGUUCACUACUCGCCAAUGAGCCAUCUGCACAAGAGGUCGGUUAUGGUCUAUGGGUCGAUCUUGGCGACGAGACUGUUGAUGAGGUGCCGACGAACAAGAGUCAAGAUCGAGAACAGGUCCAGCAAGGCGGCAUGAGUGACGAGGUCCACAAGAUCCCAGAGAUUCAUCACAGCUCGAUGCCUUCGCCGGGUGAGACCAUUCUCUACGUGGCGGACAGGACUGCAGCGUUUCAGCUUGCGACAAUGGGGAAGCAUCUCCAGCAGGAUCAUCACAAGAGACUCCGGCUGUCAUGA